AACGUACCGCGUAUACACAUGUGUUAACGCGUCUACGAUUGGCUCCAAUCGUGAAAUAGGUUCUGUACUUUCGUCCUUUUUCCAUCCAAGGGAAGGAAGGAAGAACUGUAUUACUGGGUAACUGAAAGAAGUUCAUUCUCAUAGUGAAACAGUGCGGUCGCUGAUGUGUUUGCUAUGUGCUUUGGUUUUUGUUAAGUGAUAAGUGUUAUAAAAUUGAGGUAAAAAUAUUUUUACGAUAUACUUAUGUUUGUGAUGCAUCGAAGAGAGAGUUUUUCCUUCAAUUCUAUAUUUUAUUUCAGUGUUUCGUUAGCGGUAAGAUAUACCUACAUUCUCCUUAGAUAUUUUAGUAUUAAUAAUAUGGAAGAAUCAAAUACACUGGAGGGUUUCUUAUUAAAAAAUGGUCUAGGAAAUUACCUUCGUAAUUUCGAAGAUAACCAUAUAAGAAUCCAAGAUUUAAUAAAACUGUCCGAAGCUGAUAUCGAUAAACUCAUUCCGAUUAUUGGACACCAAAUAAUAUUUCGGAAUUCUCUGCAAUCUUUGGAAGAAGAUAACCUGGAGACCAAUGAAAUCAUAGUCAAUAAGGAAUGUAAUAUUACUAAUAUUGCACAGUGUUCCUCUGAUAAUCAGGAGAAGCAUCAUCAGUUGGAAAAUUAUAGGGAGGAAACAUUCAAUAAUUCAGAUAUCUCUUUGCCUUACGAUGUUAUUAUUGAUGUUCCACCUGCUAGUCCAUCCUCAAUAUCAGAAUCUUCCGUUUUAGCACUGAGCACAUCAUCAGCUACAAAUAUUGUCCAAAAUUUAGAUUUGGAGUGCUUAUUGCAGUCUACAUUGUUAGGUAGAGCUGUGAUUCAGAGUUAUCGUAGCUCAGAAGUCUUAGAUACCAAGUGCCAAAGUUUAUUGGUUGAAAUUAUCAUAACACAUUUGCUCAACAGUAAUCAGCAGCGAUUAUUGAAUGAUGAUUUCAACGACCUUGCAGAAAAAAUUAUAAUUUUAUUUCCUAACGAAGUGAAAGGGGUGUACUACAUUCCACCCUUGAGAAAAAGACAUUCCUCUGAAAAUAUUUCUGGAGUAUCUAAGGGAAAAUUAGUCGAUAAAUAUAGGAAUACCCUCACAUUGUUGAGAAAGUGUGGCGUUCUUAAAUCAUCAAGAAAAGGAGAAGUGCAAAAUCGAUCAUCGGAUGAUUCUGAUGAAGGUGAAAAAAUAAGUGAAAAUGAGAAUGGAAGCUUUGUGUGGUUAAAGAAUAGGACUGAGCCUUGGACAGAAGUUGAAAAACACUGGGAUAGAAGCUUCAAUUUCAGGAAUCGUAUGUUCAAGGACAAAAAAGUCACUAUUCAUGAUAUUUACAAUGAAUGCCUAUUCUUUCUCAAAAUGCUGGCUAUCUUCUUGUGAACAAGGAUUUCGAAAAACUAUUUCCAACGAAAACUCUCUAUGGUAAAUGGGACAAAGUAUAUGACAAUUUAAUUAAAUAUAGGGAAAAUUUUUUGACUGGUGCAGAUGUCAUAAUAAAAAAUUUCAUAAAGUCAGGAACAUUAGAUAGAGGUGAGUAAUCUUGAAAGCUGUGUUUUUAAUUGAAAUUCAAUUAUCAAUUUUCUCAGAAUAUCGUCAUUAUUUGCAACUAUGUUUGUUGGCUGCCCUAAUACCUUACAAAGGACGAGUAUCUGCCAAAAAAUCAAGAGGUAUGGUUCCAUUUAAGCCGUCAGCCAAUGAGAUCAAGAAUAGCAUUUUAGCUGAAGUCAACAUUCCUGCUGAUGUUUCCAAAGUUGUCAAUGAUAAAAUCCAAGAAGCAGCUAGUAUAGGUGCAACAUUGCAGCCUUUCAUAAUAGUGGAAGUAAAUGGAAAUGCUGUUCAUAAUGUAUAUGUAAAUAUAUAUACAUCUCUUUACAAGGUACCAUCCAUUUUGAGCGCAGUAGAGACCUGUUUUUCGUCAUUUCAUGUUUUUAAUUUAAAAUAUCCCAUAGAAAGCCAACAUUUGUGGUUAUUCAUCCAAUUAGCGAUGUAUGAUCUGACAACAAAAGAGGAUAAAUCAGUUCCCUUCAUAAUAGACUUAGUUAACAAAACAAAAAUAAAAUAAAUGAUUAAAGUUUGAAUUUUAGUUCGGUAACAUGACACUCAUUUGUAAAUUUUGUAAAAAAAAAUUGAAAUCGAAUAGUUUUUACCUCUUACACUUGAAAUUAUUUCACAGAGCUGAAAAUGAUUUUCCAUGUGGAAAAUGUUCCAGAAGUUUUUCUUCCAAAAGGGUCUUACAGAAACAUAUUCAAAAUUGUUCUUCUACUAAAAAAAUUCAAAGAUACAAAAAAAUAAUUGGAAAUUGUGAGAAACAAUCCUCUAAUGACGCCAGUGCUAGUGUCGAAUUAAAUUCUGAGAACACCGCUAUACAUACUUCACCUUCUUUAUUUGAUAAUACCCUUAUGUUCAUUUCAAAAUUUUACAGUAAUCCAUCAAUGACUAGAAAGAGUAUUCAAGAGAUUAUUGAUAGCAGUUCAGUUUUAUUUGCACACUUUUCAGAUGAUAUAAUGAAAGAAAUAAAAUCUUUGAAUAUUUUGGAUGAAAUUGCUCUGGAAAAAAUUUCAAGUAUUGUAAACAAGAAACCAUUUCAACCAUUUUGCACUGAAUACAAACGAUUUCGGUUGUUUGAGUCAAUGAAUACCCUUAUAAAGCCUGAGGCCUUCAAACUUGGAGAAAUUUUUGAUAAUAUUCAAAUUGUCAAUCUAUCAGUAUGGACCUCAAAACCUGUGAAGCAUAUAUAGUACCCAUACAAAAAGUACUCAAAUCUGUUCUUGAAAUUUCUGGUAUCAUGGAAAAAUUGAUUAGGCAUAUUGAAAAUGAAAGUAUGUCCAAUGAUACAAUUUCUUCUAUAUUCUCAUCUCUUCUCUGGAAACGCAUUAAGAGCAAGUAUUGUAAUAAACUCUUGCUACCCUUGUUUGUAUACUUCGAUGAUUACGAACCUUUAAAUCCAUUAGGUACAGCUGCUGGAGUUUAUAAAAUUGGAGCUGUAUAUUUCACCA